CUUAAGCUGGAAUCCGGAAUACAAGAAUUAGUAUAAAAAUUAUUUUAACAUUUGCCUUUUUUUUUUCAAAUGAACGAUGGUUAUGGUUCAUUUUGAUUUAUCUGUUUAUAUGCACGUGAUUUUCAUUUCAACCUUUUGGCGGUUGACGAAGAAGCCAUUCCAUGGUUAUUAUUUUAUUAGCCAAUGAGACGCGGGUAGGUUUGAACAUGCGAUCAAUCACCUCCAAGUUCUCGCUUUCUAGCUUCACACAGGCAAGAAUCAACAACAAAGGAGGGUAAGGGCAGAUUUAUUCUUUCGAAUUCUUAUUGAUAAUGACAUUCAAUUAUUUAAAUAUUUAUUGUAUUGUAAAAAAAAUCAUAAGAGUAUCAUAAGAAAUCGCCUCGCCAUAUCUGUGAGAACAGGAAGUUCUGAUCUCGACGAAGUAAUCGGUCAAAAGAGUUUUCACUUCAAACACGUGUAAGUUGGGUGUCUACAAAACGAAGACCUAAAACCUGUGACCCCAAAAGCUACGACCCCCAAAAUAUUGCCGUUAUUAUUAAACCUACCUUGUUUCCCAAAAUGGCUACACAGCUUUUCGGGUUUUUCUUUAAAAAUCUUAAUUGCCCGCCAAGAGCUAACUUACGGGAAAUCGCUUCAUGUUCUAGUUGUGUCGGGUUGUAGAAAGUUUUCAUCACAGAAAAAAAAAAUCCACUGCCCGGUAUAAAGUGGGCCAAUCAAGGCUAACAUCAAUAAGGUUUCAUCUCAGUCAAAUGAUUUGACAUUUAGCUGUCACAGUGCGCCUAAAAAAAUAUAAACAGCUUUGCGAAAUUAAGUUUUUCUACAAGAUGAGACUUUAUUUACUUGUUCUUUGUCUUUCAUUUGAAAAAUGCCGAUGCAACGGUAAUGUUUGGGGUGAAAGUUGUCUACAGACAUCGACAAAACUAGGAUUUCAGUAACUAAUACUAUAAUCUUCAACAGUCACGACACGUCAAGACACGUCUGAGAUGGGAAAGCACAAGAAAGAAAAAAAACACAGGAAAUUCAAGAAGAGAGAGCAUGAGGAAUAUGCUAAAAAAUGGGAAAGAAAAAGAAAAGAAGAAAGGAGUUGUCCUCUUUCGCCAAUGUCUAGCAAAAAAAGGAGGCGAGUUCUGCGAUCGCCCUCUUCAAGCUCUGAUUCAUCCAUUCAGCCAAGGUAUAUACAGUUGUACUUUUUUCCGGGUUGAAGGGAGGGAGGCGGAGAUCCCGCUAAAAAAUAUUUACAUAUGGGCCGUUAGAAUGGUUAUAUCAGCUGUUGGACUGGUGCCUCUCCAGCAGAAUAUGUCGAUGUAUGCCAAUGUGUUCCGCCUGGAUAAGAAGUGUGAGAAAGAGAAUUUCCCCGAAAGGUUUGACGAACACAAAAGACAGAUAGAACAUUUGGUCGCGUUUUUAUUAGAUUAUGAAGAAAAGGCAAAGGAGAGGACAGGGAAGCUGAGCAUGAAUGGCCCUGACAUGACAAUUCCACGUUGCACCCGAUAGUCAUUCCAAAUCGCGCUUGACUCACUGACCAGCCUCGCAAACACCCUAACAGAGAUCGGCGAAGAGCGAGUCCUGGAGUAGAUCAGAUUUGCGAGUCUAACAACUCUUUCUGUCGAGUGUUUCUUCAAAGCCAUGCGUGCCGAUCAUGACAUGCCAACUAUUGUGGAGUAUGCUUAUAGACGAGCGCACUGUGCGGAAGAUGACAUGCUCCGAAUUUACCAGAAGCAUUUUACAUACUUCACAGGGCCGAACUCGUUUUAUCCGGAUAAGAUUAUCUCGGGCGAUCCACCAAGUCUGAUGCAGAGGCCAUCCAAGAAAACGCAGACGAAAGAGGGGACUGGUGAUGAGACAGAAGACCGCAGACGUGCAGAGACCAUGCGGGAAUUUACACGGGAGUAUGGGAGAGGAGUGCGACAAGCAAAUGUCCGAGCUAAGACAAAAAAGCUGACAGGAACCCUUCCAUACUCACUGAGUAUGCUGCCUGACCGAAUCGAAACGGGCUCAGACGACGUGCUAGACUUCGUAAGUGAAGCUCGAUCAACGGUCACAGUAAAUGACACCGGUGGAAGUACCAGGGUGCAGGUCUUGUACUACAAAGACGACAUCGUCGCCGUCAGACACGAUUACCGACGGAAAGCAUCUCCGUAUUGGCUCGCCGUUAUGGGGGAAGAAGUUUUGGUCAUCGCUGCAACUGGACGAUUCCAAAAGAACAGCGUAACUUUCAGAUGGCUCGAUCGGACUGAUGACCAUCUGAAAUAUACCUUCGACGAGGUAUGCAACGGCAAUUCCCCAGAUCUCUGCUGGCAAAAGUAGAAAGCCUCACCAUUGAUGACCAGACCGCAACCAUAACUCCCGAAGAAGACAUAAUAAUAAUUCAAGUUUAUUAACAUAUGACCUCUCUUAGUGUUUCGACUGAAUUACAGGUAGAGACACAAAGCUAUACUAGCAGCAUUACAUUACAUUAAAGUACUUGUGCGUGACAAAGUCUCUUAGUCUGUUGGUGCGCAAAGACUGCAAGCUGGCCGAGCCUCUGCCUGAUCUUAAAGCGUAGGUAAUUGCCCUAGUAAUCGUUCCACAUCAGACACGGAAAGACACGGAAAGAUGAGAACGAAGAAGGAAAGUGGCUGGCUUCUUCUACCCCCACAGAAG